CCAAUCAGCAGCGAAAGAAUUUCCGUUGCGCUUUGAUCAGUAUCAUUUCCGGCACGCGUCCCCACCGUCUGUCGCCAUGGCCCUCUACGUCUGGGGCCACAACAACUCGCAGCAAUUGGGCCUGGAUGUGGCCGACAAGGAAGUCUUCGAACUGCGCCAAGUGGAAGCUCUACACAACGAGGUGAUCGUGGAUUUCUCGGCCGGCGAGCGUCACUCGCUGGCCCUUAAUGAAUUCGGCCAGGUAUUUGCUUGGGGACGUGGCCGCGAGGGCCAAUUGGGUCUAGGCGACGUGGCCGGCGUGGCCAGCGCUGUAUCGCAACCCCGUCGCGUCGGCGGCGCGUUAGCCGGCCAGUUAGUCACUAAGAUCUCGUGCGGUGAGUCGCACUCGUUGGCUCUCACAGUGUCAGGUGACGUGUUCAUGUGGGGCCUGUUGCCGGUGGCCAAGGUGCUGUACGACGAGAACGGAGAGGCCACAGACGCCUCGGAUCGGGCCACAGUCGAGCUGGCCGGGCUGUCCAGCGAGGAGAUGCGGGAGGCCCAACGCGCCCGCUCCCGGGCCGAGCUUCGGCGGCAUAUGGACGACAACAUCAUGGCCAGACUUGUACGGGACUCCAUGCAGGUCUACGAAGACGCAGGGGUCGUCAAUGGGGAGAACGUCAAGGUGCAGACGGUUCGAGCGCCGUGUAUGACUCCACGACUGGCCACCGGCCUAUUGUCUAGACUCGUGGUGACCACCAUCGCCGCCGGGUUCGCCCACUCGCUGGCCACGACAAAUGACGGCGCAGUGUUUAGUUGCGGCUACAACGACAACGGCCAGCUUGGACUUGGGUCAAGACGCAACUCGGCCGAGUUCCAGCAUAUCCAGGCUUUGGAGGGCUAUUUUAUUGAGCACAUUGCAUGCGGACAGCAGCAUUCACUCGCUUGCUCUAGACUUAUAGGCCCAGAUGAGGCUACAAAUGACGACGAGCCCAAAUCACGGUCUGGAGUCUGCUUCUCGUGGGGCCUCGGUGUGCUCGGCCAAUUGGGCACAGGGGUCAACAAAUCCUGGCUUCCAAAGGAGGUCAAGCUGGCCCGUCCGGCCGUGUCGGUGGCUGCUGGUAGCCAUCACAGUGUGGCCGUCACUGACGAUGGCAAGGUGUACACAUGGGGCCACAGUGAGUACGGCCAACACGGCGCCGGUGAGACGUUCUACGAUCUCCAACAUAACGCACAUUACUUCUUUCCUCGGGUUCAACAAGCGCUGGCCGAUGACCCUCGAAUUAAGGUGGCCAGCGCUUGUUGUAGCUCACACUCGACGUUUGCUCUGACACGUGACGGGUCGGUCUUGUCGUGGGGGUGGAAUGCCUUCGGCGUGCUGGGCAAUGGCAAAUACCAGCACUCGGUACACCCACAGCGCCUCUUUGGUCUGAAAGACAACGUGGCCGUUGCUGUGGGGGCCGGUUCCAACCACUGCGCGGUGGCUGUGCAACCUCGAGGAGCUCACUAUUCACUAAGCUACGAUCGGGUACUGGCUAACAGCGAUUUCGCUGACCUUGUCUUCGUCGUGGGUGGAUCUACCAAAGGGGAGCGUAUCAAAGCGCACCGAGUGAUCGUGAGUGCACGCAGCAGCUACAUUAAAGGGCUUUUGCGUGUACUCGACGUUGUCACUAAGAACAAUCCACAAUCUGCUGGUAAUAACGUGGCCAAGGAAGAGGACGGGUUGUUUGAAGUGGCCGAGUUCCAGGAUGUCGACGCGCAGGUGUUUCGUGCAUAUUUGACGUUCUUGUACACGAACCGUCUCGACGUCGUCAGCCAUAAGAGGAAGGCGCUCGGCCAGUUCGCCAGUCGCGUGUGUUGCGAUGCACUCGUGGUUCAAUGUCUGGAUACGUGGCGUAAGGAACGAUUGGCAUCGCUCCCUCCACCUUCAUACCGACGUGCAGGGCAUCUCAGUGCCACGGGACCAGCGAGCUCUGAAGCGCAACAGUUCGGAGAGGACAUGAAGGCUAUGGUUCUCUCCGAGGAAGUGGCUGACGUCGUGUUCUUGUGGCCUGUAGAGGACUCGGACCCUGAAAAUUUCGAGCGACUACCAGCUCAUAAGGCUGUGCUUUCUCAAGUGGAAUAUUUCCGCACGAUGUUCAUGGGUGGGUUUAGUGAAGGCAAGACGGCGCAAGCAGCCACAGCCAAAGAAUCGGGAGCCUCAUCAAAGCAGGUGCACGAGAUUCCUCUCCACUAUAUGCACCGCGACGGCGUAUCGCUUGAGGCUUUUAAGGGUUUGUUACUAUGGAUCUAUACGGGGUGCUUUGAACUACUGAGCGCGAGACUCGAACCCAGCGACAUGAUGGACUUGUAUGUCGGUGCCAGUCUACUGGGUCUUACAGUGUUGGCCAGUCGAUGCGAACUGCAACUCGUGGAGCUGCUACCCCAGUUGGAUAUUGACUCGCUGCGGGCGUGUGAGGAUUUCGCAGAGCGGUACGAUGCCCGUCGACUUCAGACCAUGAGUCAACAGGUGCUGCGGAAGCAGCUACCGACAGAAUGUUAGCCACACAGGGACGCUGGCUGCGAUCCAUUCUGUUCCAUUAGUGGUGUGGAAGUCAAACAUCGCAGCAAUGUACAUAUAUUUGUUUUUAUGAAAAGAAUUAGUAUUCUAUGGAUAAAUAUGCUACCGGGAUUCGAUGCUUGUACCAGUUUUUUCGACGUGU